AUGCAAACCGCAAGAAACCUGUUUGGGUCCAUGGUCACCGCGUCACGUCUUGCACUGCAACAGUCGUCAGCCGUUCGGGCGAAUAGUACUAAUAUAAGAAAUGUAUCAGGGUGUGGUUCACCAAGUCACAUAAGGAACAUCGGAUUUAAACUUCCGUUUUGGAAUUCGACUCCAUCUACCGAUGGUGAUUCAACACCGAAACCUCCGUCAGGCGGAUGUGGGUCAACACCGAAACCGCCGUCCGGUGGCUGCGGAUCAUCACCAAAACCCCCGACCGGUGGAUGUGGGCCAACACCGAAACCGCCGUCCGGUGGCUGUGGAUCUCCACCUAAACCUCCGUCUGGUGGAUGCGGAUCUCCACCGAAACCCCCGACCGGUGGCUGUGGAUCACCACCGAAACCUCCGUCAGGUGGAUGUGGGUCAACACCGAAACCCCCGUCAGUCGGAUGUGGAUCACCACCGAAACCCCCGUCCGGUGGCUGUGGAUCUCCACCUAAACCUCCGUCUGGUGGAUGUGGGUCAACACCGAAACCCCCGUCCGGUGGCUGUGGAUCUCCACCGAAACCCCCGUCCGGUGGAUGCGGGUCAACACCGAAACCUCCGACCGGUGGAUGUGGGCCAACACCGAAACCCCCGACCGGUGGCUGUGGAUCACCACCGAAACCUCCGUCAGGUGGAUGUGGGUCAACACCGAAACCCCCGACUGGUGGCUGCGGAUCUCCACCGAAACCCCCGUCCGGUGGCUGCGGAUCUCCACCUAAACCCCCAUCUGGUGGAUGUGGGUCAACACCGAAACCCCCGUCAGGCGGAUGUGGAUCACCACCGAAACCCCCGUCCGGUGGCUGCGGAUCUCCACCUAAACCGCCGUCCGGUGGCUGCGGAUCUCCACCUAAACCCCCAUCUGGCGGAUGUGGAUCACCACCAAAACCUCCAACUGGUGGUUGUAGUUCUCCGCCAAAACCCCCGUCAGGUGGAUGUGGGUCACCACCGAAACCUAAAUCGGGAGGCUGCGGAUCGCCACCAAAGUCGGGUGGCUGUAAAUGA